GCUAAAGUGCAGGAAGAGGCUGAGCCUUUGAGCAAAGGGGAACCAUGGAAAACAUCCCUACAGUGGGCUUGGGCACCUGGAAGACACAGGAAUAUGACUUUCAAAAUAUGUGAAGGCAAUGGAAAACCAUAGCAAAUGUGACACUUGACUGAUGAUCUUAAAUAAUGUCGCUAUGCUAGGCCUCUCCAGGAGAAGUGACUGAUGCAGUUAAGGUGGCUAUCAACCUGGGCUACCGGCACUUCGAUUGUGCUUACUUAUACCACAAUGAGAGCGAGGUGGGAAUGGGAAUCAGUGAGAAAAUCAAGGAGGGCGUGGUGAAGAGAGAGGAUCUCUUUGUAGUCAGUAAGCUGUGGUGUACCUGCCACAAGAAGUCUUUGGUGAAAACAGCAUGCACCAAAACCCUGGAAGCCCUAAACUUGGAUUACCUGGACCUCUACCUCAUACACUGGCCCAUGGGUUUCAAGCCUGGGGACAAAGAUAUCCCUUUGGAUCGCAAUGGCAAGGUCAUACCCAGUCACACCAACUUUCUUGACACUUGGGAGGCCAUGGAGGACCUGGUGUUUGAGGGUCUGGUGAAGAAUAUUGGGGUGUCCAACUUUAACCAUGAACAGCUUGAGAGACUUUUGGAUAAGCCUGGUUUGAGAGUCAGGCCGAUAACUAACCAGAUUGAAUGCCACCCAUAUCUUAAUCAAAAGAAGCUGAUUGAUUUUUGCCAUAAAAGAAAUGUGUCUGUGACUGCUUACCGUCCCCUCGGUGGCUCAGGAGGUGGGUUUCACUUGAUGGAUGAUACUAUCAUUCGAAAGAUUGCAAAGAAGCAUGGCAAGUCUCCUGCUCAGAUUUUGAUCCGAUUUCAGAUCCAAAGGAAAUUGAUAGUGAUUCCCAAAUCUGUCACCCCAAGUCGGAUUAGAGAGAAUAUCCAGGUAUUUGAUUUUGAAUUAACUGAAAAAGAUAUGGAGGAACUCCUCAGCCUAGACAAGAACCUCCGUUUGGCCACAUUCCCCACAACUGAAAAUCACCAAGACUAUCCUUUCCACAUAGAGUAUUGAAAACAGCUUCACUCGCCAUCAUCUCUGCUCAGCAAAACCAGAUCACCAAGCUCUGAUCCACCUCUGUAAAGGCUGUAUGGUUCCUGUGUGACCACAGCACCAGACACAGACACAGCCAAGAAUGACAACAGAGUAAGAACAAGGAAAUCCUGCCUAGAACAGAACCAGUUCAGAGAAAAAUAAAGACCUAGGUAUGAGAAAGGGAAAGACCAUGGAGGCUGUGGCUGCUUCCAACUUGUUAGGGAUAGCCGAGUGCAAAGAAUAUUGUAAUUGAUGUCAGUUAGUCGUAGCCUUUCUGGCUUCUAUUUUCCGAAGUGAAAUGCUAAUUGCUCACGAAUUAAAAUUACCUUCACAUUUUAAGAAAACCUGCUUGACAGAAGUGUUUGAAUAAUAUGUAAGAUUUGAGAAAUUAGUAUAAUUAAUAUCCAUGAGUUGGUUUCAGUAACCACUAUCCUGAGGCUGAUUGUGUACUCUGCUCUCCCAUAAUUUUCUAGAUGAUUUUGAAGCAAAAUCUUCCUAUAUUUAAGAGAAGAAAAGGCUAUGGAGCUGAGACCCCAGCUCAGACAAAAUGUGUUUUUAAUUUUUCUUACUUAAAAACUUCUGUGUUUUUACUCAUUACUACCUACCCUACUGCCAUGCAAAUGAGGAUGGAAUUCCAUAAAACUGAUGGCCCAGAACUUGUUCCUGUCAGUAUUAUGAGAAUAUAAAGUAUCACCGUUCUUCCCUAGCCAACUGUUGGUUGGAUUAAAGAAAAUGUAGGAGCCCCAAUCCUCUGUGUAAAGACACUGACUAUCCCUUAAGAACAUGCUUUCAAAGCAAUUAUUUUAAGAAACAUACAUAAAUAUUUCUUUCAGGCUACAGCCAUGUCUACCCUAUGAAAAUCUAAAUACCCCCUUCUUAGCUAGGGAAGCAUGUGGUGUCUCAUAUCAAAGUUUUGUCAUCCUGCUGCCUUCCAAACUACAGGGAACCUAAAACUUUCUGGUGAUAUAGAAACAAUGAUUUUCAACUUGAUUCCCAAAAGUAAAAUAUUUUUAUUAGA